UUCAGAAAUGUAUGCUGUGCAGAAAACAAUAGCUCUGAACUUAUCUUCACCCAAAUGUACGCCGGCAAUAAAUUGACUUGUGGUUUAAAAGAGAAAAUGUGGCGUAGUGUAGUUUAGUUUACUCAACUAGAGUAGGAUACAGUUGUAACAUUUGACAUUGGAACACACUGGUAGCAUAUAAUAAUGUUUUCAGUUCACGAGGGCUUUGAAAAUUUUCCCAUCAGGAUUUCUGCUGUGAAACUUUUGUUCUGUAGUGUAAAUUAUAUAAGCCAGUAGAUUCCCAACUGGGCAUUUUAAACGAAGGAAAUGCAACAGUUUGACAUGAACAAAAGUGGGGCUGAGGAAGAAGAAGAAGCAAGCACUGAGUGUAAGACGUACAGAGGAGUCCGGAGAAGGAGCUGGGGAAAAUGGGUGUCUGAAAUCAGGCAACCAAAGAAUAAACGAAGGAUAUGGCUGGGCACAUACGAGACUGCACAAAUGGCGGCUCGAGCUCACGACGUGGCGGCUUUCAGUCUCAAGGGAACUUCUGCUCUGCUUAAUUUUCCAGAGAUGGUAAAUUCUCUUCCUCGCCCUUCAUCGCUGGAUCCACGAGAUAUACAGUCUGCAGCUGCUGAAGCCGCUCGUGCUUCCCACUUUGACAGUCACAGUGAAAUUUCAUCUUCUCAGAGGAGAAAUUUUGAAGAUGAUUUAACCUGCAAGGAUGGAUCGGACCAACAAUUUCCCAAAUGUUCUAAGGUACAUACGCGCUUGGAACUUGGAUUACAAUUGUUUUCUCCCAAAUAAGUUCCGAUCCGGUUAUUUUCUCCAUGGUUGUUUAGACAAAUAAAUGUCAGAAUCCCUAUUGACUUUCUUUAGUUGUGAUCAUGGUUUCUGUCAUGUACAAUAACCAUGGUUGAUGUAAGCAGAUUACUUGUUAAGAAAUGGCUAUAAUUUUGGGAUGUCCACAUCUCAGUUAAAAUUCGCGCUCAUUGACGAAAGGAUUUCUCUCGCAUUAGGGUUUUGUAAAAUCAAGGUUAUAUUGGGAGUUCUCUUUAAACCAAACGAAUAGUGUAGAUGAGGUUUUUAUAGCCCACUGUGAUUAGAGAAAAUAUUCUUGGGAAAAUUUUGUUUUAA